AUGUCACUCUUCUCGAACAUACUCGGCGGCAUGGCCUUCGGGUUCGCUGCGCGUGUCGGCCAGCUGGCCAUCCAGAAGCGGAACAUCUACGACAACCUGGCGGGACACGCCGUGUCAACGGCAGCCUUUGGCUUCGUAGGAUACUGGGCGUAUAAGUGGGACGAGCGGGCUGCAGUGCUCAUCGCAGAGAAGCGGGCCCAGAUUGCUGCACGGAGAGAGGCCGCAGCAGCAGCACACUCAUGA